UGCGUUUUGAAUUUCCAACUGUGCUGGGGCCAUGAUGAUGGACGAGGUGCAGGUUGGGGAGGAAAACACGGCGCACAUUCGCCGGCAGCUUGUGUUCCAAGGUCUGUCUGUAAAGCAAAAGGAGACUCAAUUCAACGUGGACCGCGCUGUCGGCGCAGGUUCAGCGAGUACCUUGUCGAUUUCGUCAACGAACAAGGCAUCCGCGAAACCGAGGCGGGCGUUGGGCGACAUAUCAAACAACAAGGGAAGCUGUCAGUUUCGCGACUUUGAUGACACACCGCAUCAAGAGCGACAAACAAAGCGCCACGAAGCAUCCAAAUCAAAAGAAUCGAUUGCAAAGUUGGCUUCGCAAUUCCCAAUGCUCAUGAAGAAACCGCGCUCGGACGAGGACAUAGAGAUCGCAUACGGAGGACUGUCCAGCAAACGAGACAAUGACAUGAACAUAAACGAACUCCAAGCGCAAAUAGACGCUGAAAUUUUGUCGUGGCAGCAAGAAGUGGACGCGGCGCUGGCCAUCGAGAAGGCCGUCGAUGACUUGGAUGACUUGAAUACCGAACUACCGCCGAUCCACCUGGACCAUGAUGAAAUUCCACAGCCCAAUUUCCUAGUCGACAAUGAUUCGAUCGACAUUCCACCACUAUUUGACGGAAAAGAGCUUGAAUUCGAAAUCAAAGAAUAAUCAAAGUUAUAUGAAGUGCAUU